AUGAAACAUGUGGGAGUUGAUUUUCACUUUGUUAGAGACAAAGUUGUAGAAGGCUUACUUCGUGUGUCUCAUGUUAGCAGCAAAUACCAGCUUGCUGAUGGUCUUACAAAAUCAUUACCAAGACAGAGACUUGAGUUUUUACGUUCCAAACUUGGUGUUCUUCCUAGACCUCCAAGUUUGAGGGGGCAUAUUAGUGAUUCUUAUGCACAAUUGCACGGAGAUAUGGUUGCUCAUGUUGCUGAUUUCAGAAUUGCCAAUAUGUUAGGCAAAAACGCUUUGAUGACACAAACCAAAACCCUAGCCACUAUUGGGUAUAUGGCACCAGAGUAUGGACUAGAUGGGAUUGUUUCCACAAAAGGAGAUGUGUAUAGUUAUGGUAUUUUGCUUAUGGAAACUUUCACAGGAAAAAAGACUACAGAUAAAAUGUUUGUUGAAGAUUUGAGCUUGAGGAAAUGGGUUAAGGAAUCAUUCUCUUUUGAAGUCACAGAAGUUGCGGAUAAGGAAUUGUUGGGUGAAGAAAAAGCACAUAGGCCUGUCGUAAAAGUUUGUUUAUCAUCCAUUAGAGACACCAGAGACGAGGAAAACCGUAAAGGACGUUUUAAUUUCACUUCAUAA